AAGUACAUUACACAUUAUUAUUGACUUUGGGGUGAUGGAUUCACCACCUUCCUUUUCAACUCUCUCGGAAGCACCUCCAUUGAGUGAAGACAGUGGUCUCCUGAUUACAAGUGGUUCGUUUUCGAGUGAUUCCGCGAGCGGAUGGCAUCACGUAGCAUCAGAGUUACAAGAGAGCGAUUUCGAUGAACGAUCUCUGUCGCUUUGUGAGUCCACCGAUGCCUCAGAGCGUAUGUAUGGCGACUUCUUCAAUACUGUAAAGAAGGGCCCGGGAAAAGCAGUUUUCACAACUAUUGACCCUCCGCGAGAGUUUCAGGAUAUUCUCGAACCAGUUGGUGUAGAUAACCCCACAGUGUUAUGUGUGUCCCCCAGUUCGAACAUUAAAAAUGAGUCUGUGAAUAAUAACGCAAUCACGAGUUUAGAAGUGUCAAGAGGAAAUAAACACCCUUCGCCAUUGUACCCAAGAUACCUGAAGCCGGAAUCUUUCUAUGAACGUCAUCACUGUUUGAAUCAUCGAAUCGCGAGCCCUCGACUGCUGCACCUAAGUCCAUGCCGCACGACCAGGCCAUCCUCUCGAAAUUCACUCUCGUCGCGGCUGUCGAGCAGCCACAACUCUCUUGUCACUCAAUUUCAAGCAGACGAUUCCAGCUUCAUUACUCAAGCUAUUUCUCACGAUACACUUUCGGCUAAAACAUCUGACAUUACUGAUUUAUACAAUGUCCCUUUCGACAGUGACAUUUAUGCUGUCCCUGUUGAUAUGAUACGCCCUCAAAAUAAUUUGAAAAGUAAAAAGUCUGGGAAGAGUAACAAGAAGCGCGGCAACAGUACGCCACAAAAUAUGCCAGCGACUGCGUUACCCACCGAGAAAAAUCUCAGAAUGAAAGAAGGCGGCAAGAGUAAAGAAACCAAAACUAAACGUUUCAGUUUACCAGGAUCUUCCAAAAAAAAUACAGAACCUGAAAACGGACCUAAACCUCUAACAAUGGUGGAAAUACAGAAAUAUUUGAACUCGUUGUAUGCCAAUCCACACCCUCAUAAGAAUCGCUUAGAUUCUAUUAGAGAGCGAAAUGGCACUUUCGUAGCGAGUUUCAAUUUAGACUUACACAGGCGCACUUAUAUAGAGGCUAAACCUGCAAACGUAGAACACAAGGAACCCAGGGCUGGCACAGCGGUGUUCCUAACAGAAAGCAUUGAGGUGUCAAAAACCGCCGAAACGAACAAUAAUCAUAAGAAGUCUAAAAACUCGUUUUGCGUUAACACGAAAAGUAAGAAACAUAAGGAAACUAAUCAAAAAGAGAGAGAUUUAAGUAAUAAUGACAAGCCCGGGAAGAAAAUGACAAUGAAUCCAACUCAUAAGGAAAAAAUGUCACCCGUGAGGAUUUUGUCGAUUAAUUUGAAGCAAAGUUUCUGCAAUUUGUUCCGUUGGCGACGCCAUACUGUAACUGAAGACGCGCAAGACGAGGACAAAGGGGACGAUGACAAGGAAGGGUUUUUGCCUGCUGCGGUGCGCCGUGCACUGCCGCCUCUGCCGCGCUCCCCACAAGCAGGACAUUCCUCUCGUCGCUCCGCUAACGAAGAAGACAAUGUAACGGACUUUGCUACAUCCAUAGAGAAAGUAAAAGACUACGGAUGGUAUUGGGGUCCGUUAUCGGUAGAAGCAGCCGAGAAAGUUCUCUCCAACGAACCGGAUGGCUCAUUUAUAGUGCGUGACAGCAGUGAUGACCAUUAUAUUUUUACUUUGACUUUCAAGUUGAAUGGGCUCAGACAUGUCAGGAUAGAACAUGAUCAAGGUAAUUUUUGCUUCGGUGGCUGUACGAUGUUUAAAGCGCAAACUAUAGUGGAAUUUAUCGAAAACGCUGUAGAGACGUCGCGCAGUGGACGAUACCUGUUCUUCCUGAACUUAAGACCCCUACUGGGCCCAGUGCGGGUGCAAUUGUUAUACCCCGUAUCUAGAUUCAAGCGGGUGCAAAGCCUUCAACAUAUGUGCAGAUUUGUAAUACUUAAAAAUGUGCGUCGGGACCUCAUCGGUAGUCUGCCGCUACCUCGGCGACUCUUGGAUUAUUUAAGCGCCAACCACUACUACUCGGAGCUCCUUGCUGAUGCAUAGGUCAUGUUAUACCAAUUCUAAUUUUACAAGACUGUACGAAUUAGGAUUAUGGUGUUGUUGUAUUUAUAUAACUUGUUUCGUGCUUGUGACUUUUAUUGAUAUUCUGUGGAAUUUUCAAUUGAAUAAUUUAUAUUGCGUGACCUAAUUUUAUGCAUAUAAACGAUACGAUAUUUAACAUUUUGCUCCCGUAACAAUUCAUACACGUUUAAUAUGGUAUCUUUGCUCUUUCUUUCAGAAUUUAUGACAUAAAAAAUAAUAUAUAUUCAUUAGAUA